AAUGCAUGCGAUAAAUAAAUUGGCAGUCUUGCUUUGCUCUUCUAUUUUAUCAGACAGAAAAAAUGUUUCGGUCCCCAUUCGUGCUAGUAGUUUGGCUCUUAUUGACAGCCCUUGCUAAAAACACUAAACUUCGAGAAUUUAUUGUGAAGAUCUAUAAAAGGACUGAUUCAGCGGAUGUGUUUUUCAUUGGAACAGAUGAAGAUUUUUUAUCUGACUUUGUGAAAACUGAAGUCGACAUACCAAUAUCGUUUUUUGACGAUAGUUUCAGUGGAAACUUUAGACAGUGUAACAAUGCGUUUAUUGUUUUUCUUGUUCCUGAGAAUAACCAUGCUUAUUGGAAAAUGUUAAACAACUUAAUUCACAGCCUUCUAGUACGGAAGUUUGUUUUAAUAUCUGCCAGUACCUUUAAUAGUUUGAAUGAAUACUUUUAUUUUUUUGCUGAAAGAAACUUCACAAGAAUCUUUGGAAUGCUUUCGAACAGCUCAUCUUAUGCAUUUCUACCGUUUGCUGAUAAUCAAGUGCAAGAACUUUCCGAAGAAGAUAAUCUUCCGGAUGCGUUGAAGGAUCUUAAUGGAUUUGUUGUUCGAACAACAAUCCAGUUUGAAUCACCAAGAAGUUUUUGGUAUCCAAGUAGUAAUGGACAAGAAAGCAUUGGUGGACGGUUUGGUCAAAUAUUUCUGCAAUUCUUGAGGAGGCACAACGCAACAUUUAAGGAAAUAUGUAUUGGUAAUUCGAGAAAUCCCAAUAUAGAAGCUAUGGUAAAUGCCACAAUAAAUCAGGAGAUAGAUAUAAGCACAAACCCAUAUUUUCAGCAAAAAAACCUGGACUUUAGUUAUCCGGUUACAUUGAACAAGCUAGUUAUAAUGGUUCCCUACAAUGGCCUUCUUUCACCGAAUCAAUACUUCUGGAGGCCUUUUACAGCUGGGGUGUGGUUGUGCAUUUGUCUAUCAGUUAUCUUGAUGAUAAUUGUUAAGAUCACCCUUGAUUCACUAUCAAGUUCAAGGGUAGACGUUUGGUCGAGUUUUUGUGUAAUUUAUUUAAUGCUGUUGAAUUUGCCUGCACCAACACCUUCUUCAAACUAUCGUUUUUACUGUUUUGUGUUGUUAUUUGCAUUUAUCAUUGGAAUAUUUUAUGAUACUUAUUUUCAAUCAUUUUUGACAGUUUUCAUAAAAAUCAAACAGUUCGAUACUAUUAAAGACCUAGCAAAGAACAAUAUUCUCGUAAUGGUGUCAAGUUUUAGAUGGAACAUCAUUCAGAAUAAUUCUUUCCCCGAGGAGUUAAGAAAAAUCAUCAGGCCAACUCCUCAUUUGGAAUUCGUUACUCAGAUGAACUCUAUGCGAAACACCAGCUAUGCCUUUAUUUCGGAAGAAGACAGAUGUCAAUUUUUUAUAGCUUUUCAUUCAUUUUAUGAAAAGUGUUUAUUUCGAAUUGCUCGUGAAUACUUAAAAGUCGAUUACACUGGAUAUUUGCUUCCCUUUCAUUCUCCGUUUAAGGAAAUUUUAAAUAAUUUUAUAAUUGAAAUCAAACAAACUGGUCUAACUAAAAAAUGGGAUUCGGAUAUAAUUUUUCAAACAAGCGCCGCUGGUUUUCGAAUGAGAAAAGACAAAAACAAUAAAACUGGUUUUGGAAAUAUUAAAUUGACAGUGCAUACUUUGCAAUUUGCUUGGAUUAGUUUGACAAUUGGAUUGUCAAUAUCAACAUUGAUUUUUAUUGGUGAAUUUUUGUGGUUUUAUCGUCAAAGAACUGCUGGAAAAUAAAAUAAUUAGUUGUUUUUGAGUUUGAUGUAGUCGGGUGGAAGUAUUUUCAAAAAAUUAAACG